CAACAUAGACUUGCCAUAUCCCCGUUCUCUUCAAAGAAAAAGAAGGUGAAGGGUCAGAGAUUCUUUUUGCGGACCGCUCCCGUUGAUGGCAAGUCCAGUGGGCCGAGAGAAGAUGCUACACGAAUUGGUUCUGCUGGUGUUGUGCGCCGUCAGGCUGUUGAUAUAUCUCCAUUGAGGAGAGUUAACCAGGCGAUUUAUCUUCUCACAACUGGCGCUCGUGAAAGUGCUUUUACAAAUAUCAAGACCAUUGCAGAAUGCCUUGCUGAUGAGCUCAUCAAUGCUGCCAAGGGUUCUUCUAACAGUUAUGCAAUAAAAAAGAAGGAUGAGAUUGAACGAGUUGCCAAGGCCAACCGUUGAGUAGGGAUGCUAUGUUUGAGUGGAGAUGUUAUGUUUUCCCCUCGCAAAUCAUGCUUAAGCUUGCAGCUGAUUGUAUCGGCUUGGUUGUGUUUUAGACAAGUUGUGUUUUAGACAAGUUUUGUUGAAACUCGUAUGAUGACUUUAUCUUUUUGUUAUAUCCCGUUGUUUGGGCAACAUAUACUCCUAUUUUAACUAUUCAGUAGAGUUUCUUAA